AUGGCCUACUGGCAAAGAAAUGUUAUGUUAAUAAGGAGAGAGGCUAGGAGGGAAGAAAAGAGCAUCCCCCCCAUCUCCCAAGUCAAUGCAUGUUGCGGUGAGCCCGGCAGAGCAGCCCUCACGGUGGAGUCGGCCGGGGCUGCGCGCUCCCAAAAUAGCACCAGGGGCGCCGGGACGUGCAGCCGGCACUACGACCACGGCUCCGACCUCUGCUUCGCGCCCCGGGAGCACGACAAACCCUUCGCCGACUCGGAGAGGGCUCAGAAAUGGCGCCUGUCCCUGGCCUCGCUCCUCUUCUUCACCGUCCUGCUCUCUGAUCACUUGUGGGUCUGCGCCGAGGCCAAGCUGGCCAGGACCCGGGACAAGGGGCGGCCGCGGCGCGGAGCCGCGCCGGAGCCCCUGGCUGGCAUGGGGGAGCCCUCGCCUGCAGCCCGGAGCCUCCUCUCGCCCAGCCUCCCUCCCUCCCCCAGCAGCAGCAGCAGCAGCAGCAGAGGCCAGAGCCGCCACCCCCCCCGCAGCGACCAGGCUAUUUUUCUAGGAAACUCCACCAACCCCUUGUGGCGCCUGGAGACCUGCUACCCUCGGAGCUCCCCGCCUGCCCAGUGCUUCAGCGUGGGGGACGCGGACUCCGUGUGCAGGAGGCCGCCGGGUCCGGGCCAGCAGCAGCAGCAGCAGGUGCCUCGGGCUGGCAAAGCUCCGGGCUGGAACUUGACGGAUUUUUACCUUUCCUUUUGUAAUGCCUACACCCUCUGGGACUUGUUCGCCGGGCCGUCCAACCCGGACACUUUGAACUGCAGCCUGGACGCGGUGCUGGAGGAGGAGGGCUCCUGCAGCCAGUGCGUCCAGGCUUACCAGCGCUACGACCAGCACGCUCAGGAGAAAUACGAAGAGUUUGAGGUUAUGCUCCAGAAAUAUUUGCAAUCGGAUGAAUACUCGGUGAAAUCGUGUCCUGAGGAUUGUAAGAUCACUAUUGCUGCAAAGGAAUAAACAUCUAUCCUUAAAGCCCACAUCAGCAUUGUAUGUUAGUAUAUAAUAUACCAACAUCAAGGCUAGAUUCAUCCUUCAAACUUUACUGG